AUGAAGGUUGAGCACAACCCGUCUUCGCCAGCGGGCCAUUCGCUUGUCGCCCAAGCUCUGGCCUUUCUGAAGGGCAAUUUACUUCUUUUAGCAGUCGUUUCACUCGUCAUCCGAUGCCUCUAUAAGCGUUAUGCCUCUCCUCUGCGAGACGUGCCUGGCCCGUGGCUAGCUUCGUGCUCGAGGCUUUGGAAAGUGUGGAGUACGUACAAUGGGCACACCGAGUUGGACCACAUAGCAUUGCACAAGAAAUACGGACCUGUGGUCCGAACCGCCCCCAACGAGGUAUCUUUCGGCACUUGCAAUGCCGCCAAAGACAUUUUUGCUGUGGGCAAGGGCUUCCAUAAGACGAUGUUUUACAGCGUCUUUCCGCCAAAGCAUGCCCCGGAUAUCUUCACCGAGGUUCGCGAAUGGAAGCAUGCGCAAAUGAAACGCUAUGCCGUCACACCUUACAGCCUUGCGCAGAUGCAGAAGCGAUCAGAGCCGAUCGAGGGCAUGAUCAAGCUCUUGAUGGAGCAUCUGGAGAAUUAUGCCACAGCAAACAAGCGGGUUUGCAACCUGGGUAAUCUGUUGCAUUACUUCGCUUUUGAUGUGCUUGGAGAAGUUGCCUUUUCGCGGCAAUUCGGUUUCUUGGAACAAGAAGUCGACAUCGAAGGUUCAAUCAAGAAUAUCGACGACGUACAAUGGUACGACGGAAUCGUGGGCCACAUUGCGGAAUACGAUAUACUCCUCCGAAACAACCCGGUCCGACCCUAUCUAGGCUUGCAAAUGAAGCCCACCACAAUGACGAAAAUCGCCGUCGCCGAGCUUGAGAAGCGGAAACAGAAGGACGGGACCUACGAUUCGGCAGGUAUCGACCUAUUGGCCGAAUUGCUAAGAGCGCAUGAGGCGAACCCGGAGAAGUUUUCGGUAAAUGAUGUGUUUAGUAUUGCUCAUGGCGCCGUGUUUGCGGGAUCCGACUCCACGGCUUCGACGAUGCAAUCAUUUUUCUACCUGGUCCUCAACGCUCCCAAGGUCUACGCGAACCUCUGCCAGGAGAUUGACCAGGCCCAGAAGGCCGGUAAACUGUCCGAAAUCGUUACCUACGCCGAAGCACAGGCUCUGCCCUACUUCCAGGCGUGCUUGAAGGAGGCUAUGCGGGUCCGACCAGCAGUUGGUCUCGGAAUCUACCGAAAAACUCCUCCAGAAGGUGUUGAAAUCGACGGCAAGUUUUACCCAGGCGGGAUCGAAGUUGCUGUCAAUGGAUGGGUGUUACACCGAGAUGCCUCGAUAUUUGGGGAUGAUUGCAAUGAGUUCAGACCAGAGAGAUGGUUUGAGCGUGACGCCAAAUUGAUGGGCUCGCAUCUGUAUCAGUUCGGAGGCGGCAGCCAUCUCUGCAUUGGCCGUAAUCUUGCUCUAUUUGAGAUGAACAAGACCCUCAUCCAGAUCUUGAGGGAGUACGACGUCACUCUUGUGCAUCCCGGACGACCGUUGGCGUAUCACUCGACCUUUUUCGUGGUUCAGGAGGGGCUUGAGGUGUAUUUGCGCAAGAGGAGUGAGAAAGUACAAUAG